GCGCUAUCCUGGUGGACGCAGCCUGCUCACCUGCGCUUAGGUGUAGCAGUGGGCAGCGUUAUCACCACGAAUGCGGCCAGCCUCGGCUGGGGUGUCGUGUGGAACGGCAGAGGAGCUCAAGGAGUGGAAGAAGCCCUUGAGGCUGUUAAGAAUGCCACCAACGAGCAGGACUUGGCCAACCGCUUCAAGGAGUUUGGAAAGGAAAUGGUGAAACUGAACUACGUAGCCGCCAGAAGACAACAGGAGUUGAAGGAUCCUCAAUGCAGGGAUGAGAUGGCAGCAGCACGAGGGGCCCUGAAAAAGAAUGCCACCAUGCUGUACACUGCAUCUCAGGCUUUCCUUCGCCACCCUGAUGUAGCCGCCACCAGGGCCAACCGGGACUAUGUAUUUAAGCAGGUGCAGGAGGCCAUCGCUGGCAUCUCCAACGCUGCCCAGGCCUCCUCCCCCACGGAUGAGAAGCAUGGCCAUGCAGGCAUCGGUGAACUGGCAGCAGCUCUGAACGAGUUUGAUGUAAGUGGGAAUGUCUAUUUGCUCACUCCUGUAUUUAUAGUCAAUGAAGCAAAGUGGUGGUUCAGACAGUCAACUCACUUUUAAUAAGUCAAUCAAAUCCAGCUUAUUAAGUGUUGAUAACCAGACAAUCGAAAUAGCAGUACCUUAUCGCUGACAACAUAUAUGAUCGUCAGGGAAGGGAUUCAAAUCUUACCUGAUCCAUUACCUCCCUGCUGCAAGUUAGUUUGCUUCCUCCUCCCCAGCCUCCUCCUGUUUUUUGGCUUUGUCUAAGGGGGAGGGCAGCUAUCCUGUUCUCUUCCCAUGGCUUUCCUACAGUCAGCCUCUCCACUUAUCAGCAGAAAAAUUUAUGGGAAGGGGUUCCCUGAGGCGAGGCCAAAGAUGUUUUAUAUGUUAAAUGUGCUAUCCAAGAACAUAUAAUAUGCAUAAAUGUGUUAUCGUGUCUAAUCUGUAAUAAAUAUUUUAUCUAUCGUAUGAGUACCUGACUGAACUUACAUUCUGGAGUCUCGCUGUUUUGUUGUAGUUACUCCAGGGUUACACUAGCCCUGCACCCAGUUCUUGUUUGGCUGAAAUGACUGUGGGCCAGGAAUCUGAGCUGCUGCUCAAUCUGAUCUGAAAUGAUUAGUUAUCACAGCAUGAAGUGGUCUCAUCUGAGUCUGUAGGUUAACUAUUAGGAGUUGUUCAUGCAAGUAAGGGGAAGAAACUUUUUUUUCAAAUACCUAGUUCAUUUAAAGUAAUGCACCUAUUUAAAAGAAGUUCUGAAACCCAGAAGAUGGUGCAAUGAUGUUUCUAAUCCUGUACUCACUUUAAAAAUGAGGUCUGCCAGUGGCAAACUCAUCAUGCUCACUGAGGUUUACCUAAAAUUACAUGCAAAUAGUUAGGUGGUUAGAUUUGUCUUCUCUCCUUUCUUCUUCUUAGUAUAUAAUAUUUGCACAUAGACUUUUUUUUUGGACAAUGCUUAUGCAGAGAUGUUUGUGUUCUCUGUGAACAUUUAUCUUGAAUUUACCCACCAAUGUACCAUGACCUAGUUUGGACUGCAAUACUUAUAGUAAGCUAGUUUCUUUUAUAUAUUAUAUUAUCUCUUUGAUCCAAGAGGUGAAAAAAAAAAUAACAGCAAAAGAAUCUUAAUAAAAGAACAAAAAAGUUUUCAUGUAACAUAAUGAAAAUUAUUCAAGAGCAUCUUUUAUGUGGCAUGAGUGUAAUGAAAGAGAGACAUCUAGAGGCCUAAUCCAGUAUUGCAGUCAUAUAUUGUUUUUUGUGUGGUAUGGGUUUUUUAUGAGUUGUGCAGACAUCUAUUUUGUGUGUAACAUCAGUGCUUUUUCAGCCUGUUUUAGGUUACGAUGAUUAUCUUAUCUGUGUUUCAAUCGGUUGCAUGUGUUGUAGCUCACUUUGUGAUUGAUUUAUGUAUGUAUUAUUCAAAAGCCCUUCUGUUGAAAACAAC